UUUGGCAUGCCUCUCGUUGCGCUCCUCUCCCUCCCCAUUCUCUCUCUCUCUCUCUCUCUCUCCCCCUCUCUCUCUCUCUCUCUCUCUCUCCCUCCCUCUCUCCAGUUGCUCCCGCCGCGCCGUGUGGAUGCAGAGGCACCAGCAGCGAAACCCCGAGAACGGUUGAGAAGCACCAUCAUCCUCGCGCACCAGCAGCAAAACCGAAAUAGAACCCCCAAAAAACGAUGACGUUCUCAACGGUUCUUCAAAAACAAACCGUUAUUUGACAACAACAAAACAACUUCUGACAACCGAUUACAGUCCGUUAGACGCUCCUAGCUGUAAAACGCCCAUCGACUGUCCUCCUGCUCAGUAGUCAUGAUGCUUAGCAGCUCUGUCGAGGUGCCCAGUCCCGUCCACGGUGGCAUGACCGGUCUCUCCGGGAUGAGGGCGGCAGUGGUGGGGAACGUUGUCCGGUCCUCCAGUAUCUCGGGAGCCAUGUACAGCCUGGAGAAGAGUCCCGGGAGUGGCGGUCGGCCGGGAGAGGUGGGAACGCUGGCCGGGAACAAGAAGAGACGCUCAAGCCUUGGAGCCAAGAUGGUGGCCAUCGUGGGGCUGUCGCAGUGGAGCAAGAGCACUCUGCAGCUCAAUCAGCAAGAACGAGCGAAGAAGCUGCGCAGUACGAUCAGACGGAGCACGGAGACGGGCAUCGCUGUGGAGAUGAGAAACCGAGUCACGCGACAGGGUAGCAAGGAGUCCACCGACGGUAGCACCAACUCCAACAGCUCAGACGGAACGUUUAUCUUCCCCCCUACUCGUAUGGGUCCAGAGAGCCAGUUUAGUGACUUCCUGGAUGGACUAGGCCCCGCCCAGAUCGUAGGCCGACAGACACUAGCCACUCCUCCCAUGGGUGACAUCCAUGUGGGUAUGGUGGACAGAGGAGGUCAACUAGAGGUGGAGAUCAACCAGGCCAGAGGACUGACCGCUAAACCAGGGUCAAAGAACAUCCCAGCUACCUAUGUAAAGGUGUAUGUGUUGGAGAAUGGGGCGUGUCUGGCUAAGAAGAAGACCAGAGUGGUGAAGAAGACUCUAGACCCCUCCUACCAUCAGGCCCUGCUGUUUGAAGAGAGUCCUCAGGCCAAAGUCCUACAGGUGAUUGUGUGGGGUGACUAUGGGAGGAUGGACCACAAGUGUUUCAUGGGCAUGGCUCAGAUCAUGCUGGAUGAGUUGGACCUUGGUGCCACGGUGAGCGGAUGGUACAAGCUGUUCCCCACCUCUUCUCUGGCUGACCCCAGCAUCGGACCCCUCACACGGCAACUGUCCCAGUCCUCACUGGAGAGCUGUGCCACCAGCCCCUCCUGUACCUAGACAGAGAGAACUAUAUAGCAACAGUACACACACACACACACACCUACACACACACCCCCACACACACACACACAUACACACACACACACACCCACACACACACACACACAAGAAGGGAUACAUACACACACACACUCAUCAUGCAGAUAUGUUAUACACGGAGAAACGCAGUCAGACGUGUAUACAUGCAGGCUUCUGCAUACACACGUGCUCAUUAAUAAACGCCCCCCUGCCACACACACACACUCCAACACGCUGACCCUCAGAUACAUCCCCAUAACUACGUCAGAUAACAUGAUUUACCAGAACAUAGCAUUAUAGUAGCACUACUUACUGCCCAAUAUCCCUGUCCCCUGUCCCCGGUCCCCUGUCCCAUCUCAGAAUCCCUGUCCCCUGUCCCAUCUCAGAAUCCCUGUCCCCUGUCCCCUGUCCCCGGUCCCCUGUCCCAUCUCAGAAUCCCUGUCCCCGGUCCCCUGUCCCAUCUCAGAAUCCCUGCCCCCUGCCCCCUGUCCCCGGUCCCCUGUCCCAUCUCAGAAUCCCUGUCCCCUGUCCCAUCUCAGAAUCCCUGUCCCCUGUCCCCUGUCCCCGGUCCCCUGUCCCAUCUCAGAAUCCCUGUCCCCGGUCCCCUGUCCCAUCUCAGAAUCCCUGCCCCCUGCCCCCUGUCCCCGGUCCCCUGUCCCAUCUCAGAAUCCCUGUCCCCUGUCCCCAGUCCCCUGUCCCAUCUCAGAAUCCAUGUCCCAUCUCAGAAUCCAUGUCCCCUGUCCCAUCUCAGAAUCCAUGUCCCCUGCCCCAUCUCAGAAUCCAUGUCCCCUGUCCCAUCUCAGAAUCCAUGUCCCCUGCCCCAUCUCAGAAUCCAUGUCCCCUGUCCCAUCUCAGAAUCCAUGUCCCCUGCCCCAUCUCAGAAUCCCAGGGUGGUUGAGUGAUUGCCCCGAUCCACUUUCCCCGAUCCCAGAAUGUCAAGCAUGCGUCCCAAGUGGAACCCUAUUCACUAUAUAGUGCACUACUUUGACCAGAUCCUGACCAAAGUGGUUCACUUUUAAGGGAAUAGGGAGGCAUUUGGGACUCAAGCCAAGGCACUACUUCUCAUCCCAGGGUCAGAUCAUUCCUGAAGACAGGUUUUAAACUCUAUGCCAAACUAAGAAGAAAAACAACUUUAUUUUUCAAAACCAAAGCAAUUUUUAUUGUUACUAUCAGUCGUGCUAGUUACACAGUAUAUACGUCUGGAUAUGUAGCAGAGUCUAUGACUUAGAUAUAAUGCAAAAAAAAAAUAUUCAAUAUUUUAAACACACACACACACACACACACACACACACACACACACACACAAGUUGGAGAGGAGAGAGACGGGGCACAUUAUGAAGAAAAAUCAACAGGCUUUUUGGAUGUUUACAUAAUCACUAUUAUGUGAGGUAGCAGCGCAAAUCUGAUCAUUUCCACAAGCCAGAGUUAAUAAGUAUAUAGAUGUUAGAUAGCUAAUAUAGAUACGUGUGUUCAUGUGUGUACCGGCUGCAUCCUACACGUUUGCUUGCAACCCUUAUUGAGACAUUUUAAAGUGCUAUUUUUAGCUUGCCCUUUAAGAUUCUAAUCAGAUAUAUAUAGAUGGUCAUUUAUUUAUUUAGCUAAUCAGUCACUGUCUAUAGAACAUGCAGAACGUGACACCCUACACUGAGUUUGGGGAGAUGGAGGGGCAUCGUUUCCACCGAGAACAAAGUCCCAAACUACCAGCAUCCCUCGUCGACAAGCUGCAUUGUGGGACACAGGAGGACCAACUGACAAACGGAACCCUCACAGGAAUGGACCUCAAACCUUCCUCAAGAGCGUUCAGCACAAAGGCUUCUGGGUAGUCUGGGCUGUAGUCGUCGUUCACUGUAGACCCUGUUAGUGCGAACCACACUGGACUUCAUAUCCCAGAGGUGAUACUGUACGCUUCUGCCCCACCAGCAUGUCUACAGACUAGAAGCUUUUGGAUCAACUUCCACUUGAUUUCCUGUUUGUAGUUUUUAUCUACACUUCCUGAUUUUGACCGUAAGUAGGAGGAAGGAAACAUUGGUGAGAAAGAAGUCCUUCUGAUGUCUGUGGUGGGAUCUCCCACACCACACACACACACACACACACACACACACACACACACACACACACACACACACACACACACACACACACACACACACACACACACACACACACACACACACACACACACACACACACACACACACACACACACACACACACACACACACCCUUUAACUCCUGAGGUUAUGUGGUGAGGUCACUGCUCUCUCUCUCAGCAAUGUAAACCCCAGCAGCACAGAUAUAUUGUAUCCUCAAUUACCUUCAAAAACCAGUAGAUGGCGUCUGAUUAGUUCCAGUACAACCAGUAGGUGACGUCUGAUUAGUUCCAGUACAACCAGUAGAUGGCGUCUGAUUAGUUCCAGUACAACCAGUAGGUGACGUCUGAUUAGUUCCAGUACAACCAGUAGAUGACGUCUGAUUAGUUCCAGUACAACCAGUAGGUGACGUCUGAUUCGUUCCUGUACAACCAGUAGGUGACGUCUGAUUCGUUCCAGUACAACCAGUAGGUGACGUCUGAUUAGUUCCAGUACAACCAGUAGGUGACGUCUGAUUCGUUCCUGUACAUGCUCAAACUCAAAAACAUAUUGUCAUCUUGUUUACUGAUAUAGUAUCUUGGACAUUUCUGCUGAUCACCAGUUUUACAUAUCAUCGUGGAUCUAAUCUGGACACAUUGGUCAGGUCUCUUAGAUGACUUCUUAAAUCUCUCUAAUCUGUUUAGGGACUGAUUCCGAUUUUGGUAUUUAUACUUAGCGUAUUCAGUCACGUAACGCGUACUGCAGGUGUGGCUACCUUGUGCGGCUCUGAAUACAUUUUCAUUAAACUUCUGAAAACUCUCUACCAUUUGUUGGCCAACAGAUUUUCCUCGCAGAGUUUUCAUUCAAUAGGGUUUUCAGUACAUUUAUCUUAAAGCCAUCCCUUUAAAAUACGCUGCAUCUUUAAUUAUAAUUUUGAUAUGUUUGUUGGUAUGUUUCAGUUUGCUGCUAAAUAACUGAUUUCAUAUUUGUUUUCUAUCAAUUAUAUGGUAAACUAGAUCUAAAUCAAGUGGCGUUCAUAUUUACAAUCCCCUUAUCCAUUUACCCAGCUCUUAUCAAGAACUUUUAUCAAAUUGUAAAUUGACAGUGCAUGGAGAAUGGUGUUAAAGUACAUGGGGGUUUUUCUCACCUGGAACUGGCAGGUUCACUAGGCCGUAUUCUUGGUUUCCUCGUGUAUAAAGGUGGUGGAAUUAUGAGGGAAUAUAAAUCAAAGGUCAGAAUACAGGGUAUCGGUAGACACACCUUCAUUUAUUCCAUCUCAACCCCCAAAACGAAUAGCAGGUGAAUUAACAUGCGAUUCUCCUUUUUUAAGUUCAAGGUCAGAAUACGCAUCGAGAGAAAAGUUGAUAAAAAGGGAAUUCCUUUCCAUUCUACUGACGUGUACUUAUCUCCGGGUUGGAAUCAGGGGCCUUGUUGAGUAUGGUUACAUGCACACACGAAUCCAAUUAUUGUGAAAUAUCCGAUUUUUAAUAUAAUAGUUUGAUUUUAAAUGUUUACAUGCUUUGCAAGAAGAAUGUUUGCCCUAAUCAUGUUAACAUGGACUCAAAUGAAAUCAAGCUACCUGAUGGGACUUCGAUAAAUGCAACAACCAAAAAAUCAGCAAUCAAAAUUAACAUCCGACCACAGAGACCAUGUUAUUUUUGGGAAGCCUAUUUGAUUCUGAGUUUGGAAAUAUAAAUCUGUAUGUGAAAACCAUUUCUAACAUGCAUUCUUUUCUUGUUGAGGUUUUCCAAACUCACUUCACUUUUCAUUUAUAUUUAACUAGGCAAGUCAACUAGGCAAGAACAAAUUCUUAUUUUCAAUGGCGGCCUAGGAACAAUGGGUUAAACUACCUUGUUCAGGAGCAGAACAACAGAUGUUUUACUUAUCAGCUCGGGGAUUCGAUCUUGCAGCCUUUCGGUUACUAGUCCAACGCUCUGACCGCUAGGCUACCUGCCACCCCACUUAUGCAUUAAGAUGGAGGCUUGCGCUGCUGGAGCUGGUACAUACUCCGAUUUUGAUCUUACACCCGAUUUAAGUUGUUUACAUGACUAAAAGCAUAUUCGGCCUACUGCCAUAAUCAGUUUAAUAACUAGUGUGCAUGUCAACACGUACUCAGUGUUUCUAAUGUGUUACUGUUAGUUGGCUGUAAUGACCAAACUUUCCUUACAACAAAUAUUUCUACAAAUAAUUUUGUUAAUAGACUUUACAUUGAAUGAUGUGUGUUUCUGUAGCUACGGGCCCAUUGGAACCUGCUGUGGAGAGACACAGACAUAAAGACAUUCCGGAACACUUUACACUCUGUUCUAGAAUAGCAUUUGAAAUGAUUAGAAAAUCUUUUAUCCCGUAGUUUUGUCAAUACAGUUGGAUUUUUUUUUAUUUUUUUUGUGUUCGUUGAUAUAUUUAGUCAGGGAUAUGAAAUAAUUUCCUUUAAUGUUUGCAGCACAGAGAGAACUUCUAUAUGCUCAUGUUUAUGAAGUAGUUUUAAAUGUACUUUUUGAUCUAUUUUUGUGGGCAGCUAGCAUGAUUUAUAAAAAAAUACUGCUUUGUUUUUUUUCUGUAUUUGCACAUGUUUUCUUCAACAAAAUGCGCGACUGAAUGCUGAUAGAAACAACAAUAUGUUUGUUGGAAAGAAGAAAAAAAAUACAAAGAAUUUAUUAAAACUAAACUUAAUUAAAUUAUUUCAAUAUAACUGUAUAACUGAGAACCAGACCUGUUCACAGCUGGAUCAUUAGUCCUAUUGAGCUAUUGAAAAGACAACUAGGUAUUGACAUUUUGUGAUUGUGACAUGUUUGGGAACUUGUAUGAGGUUGUGUGUGUCCCAAAAACGACCGUAUAUAUUGAGUAGCUAGUAGCUACACAAUGUUAACAACAUAACUUGAGAAGUUUGAAGUUUGAUAAAGAGGCUGAGAGUGAAUACCUAAAUGUAAAGGGACUUUUUUUCUCAAGUAUAGAAGAUGUUUUUCCAAAUAUAUACCAAAAGGGAACAGGACAGUGUUGACAUAUCGACUUUCUUCAAAAAAUAUAGUCGUGGUGUGAUUUUUGUCUUUCAAAUUAACUAUGUGAUGUUUAAGGCAAAGGGCAGACAGAAGGGUCAAAGGUCAUAUGUCAGCUACUGAAAGAAUGUGUAGUUACUUGCUAUUAGGGCCACUUGUAAAUUGUACUUCACUUGAGCUGUGGGACAGUUUCCUGAUAGUAGAACAUCUUGCAGACAUGGGUCAGGUGUUAUAAUGUUGAUUAACUUUACAGUCCACUAUUUACAUGGUAUGUUAUUGAGUUUACAUGGUCAAAUUUGGGGGUUUCCUUGGUUCCUGUAACACCAAUGUUUUAAAUUAUUUGAAUUAAGUAUCAAGCAGAAAAAGGGGCUUAAUAAACAGGACUGUAAAGGAAAUCAACAGGACUGUAAAGGAAAGCAACAGGACUGUAAAGUAAAUCUCCAAACCUGUCAAUUAAAGCACCAGGACUGUAAAGUAAAUCUCCAAACCUGUCAAUUAAAGCACCAGGACUGUAAAGUAAAUCUCCAAACCUGUCAAUUGAAGCACCAGGACUGUAAAGUAAAUCUCCAAACCUGUCAAUUAAAGCACCAGGACUGUAAAGUAAAUCUCCAAACCUGUAAAUUAAAGCACCAGGACUGUAAAGUAAAUCUCCAAACCUGUCAAUUAAAGCACCAGGACUGUAAAGUAAAUCUCCAAACCUGUCAAUUAAAGCACCAGGACUGUAAAGUAAAUCUCCAAACCUGUCAAUUAAAGCACCAGUACUGUAAAGUAAAUCUCCAAACCUGUCAAUUAAAGCACCAGGACUGUAAAGUAAAUCUCCAAACCUGUCAAUUAAAGCACCAGGACUGUAAAGUAAAUCUCCAAACCUGUCAAUUAAAGCACCAGGACUGUAAAGUAAAUCUCCAAACCUGUCAAUUAAAGCACCAGGACUGUAAAGUAAAUCUUCAGACCUGUCAAUUAAAGCACCAGGACUGUAAAGUAAAUCUCCAAACCUGUAAAUUAAAGCACCAGGACUGUAAAGUAAAUCUCCAAACCUGUCAAUUAAAGCACCAGGACUGUAAAGUAAAUCUCCAAACCUGUCAAUUAAAGCACCAGGACUGUAAAGUAAAUCUCCAAACCUGUCAAUUAAAGCACCAGGACUGUAAAGUAAAUCUCCAAACCUGUCAAUUAAAGCACCAGGACUGUAAAGUAAAUCUCCAAACCUGUCAAUUAAAGCACCAGGACUGUAAAGUAAAUCUCCAAACCUGUCAAUUAAAGCACCAGGACUGUAAAGUAAAUCUCCAAACCUGUCAAUUAAAGCACCAGUACUGUAAAGUAAAUCUCCAAACCUGUCAAUUAAAGCACCAGGACUGUAAAGUAAAUCUCCAAACCUGUCAAUUAAAGCACCAGGACUGUAAAGUAAAUCUUCAGACCUGUCAAUUAAAGCACCAGGACUGUAAAGUAAAUCUCCAAACCUGUAAAUUAAAGCACCAGGACUGUAAAGUAAAUCUCCAAACCUGUCAAUUAAAGCACCAGGACUGUAAAGUAAAUCUCCAAACCUGUCAAUUAAAGCACCAGGACUGUAAAGUAAAUCUCCAAACCUGUCAAUUAAAGCACCAGGACUGUAAAGUAAAUCUCCAAACCUGUCAAUUAAAGCACCAGGACUGUAAAGUAAAUCUCCAAACCUGUCAAUUAAAGCACCAGGACUGUAAAGUAAAUCUCCAAACCUGUCAAUUAAAGCACCAGGACUGUAAAGUAAAUCUCCAAACCUGUCAAUUAAAGCACCAGGACUGUAAAGUAAAUCUCCAAACCUGUAAAUUAAAGCACCAGGACUGUAAAGUAAAUCUCCAGACCUGUAAAGGAAAGCAACAGGACUGUAAAGUAAAGCAACAGGACUGUAAAGUAAAGCAACAGGACUGUAAAGGAAAGCAACAGGACUGUAAAGGAAAGCAACAGGACUGUAAAGUAACCAACAGGACUGUAAAGUAAAGCAACAGGACUGUAAAGUAAAGCAACAGGACUGUAAAGUAAAGCAACAGGACUGUAAAGUAAAACAACAGGACUGUAAAGGAAAGUAACAGGACUGUAAAGUAAAGCAACAGGACUGUAAAGGAAAGCAACAGGACUGUAAAGGAAAGCAACAGGACUGUAAAGUAAAACAACAGGACUGUAAAGUAAAGCAACAGGACUGUAAAGUAAAACAACAGGACUGUAAAGGAAAGCAACAGGACUGUAAAGGAAAGCAACAGGACUGUAAAGUAAAGCAACAGGACUGUAAAGGAAAGCAACAGGACUGUAAAGUAAAACAACAGGACUGUAAAGUAAAGCAACAGGACUGUAAAGGAAAACAACAGGACUGUAAAGUAAAGCAACAGGACUGUAAAGUAAAGCAACAGGGCUGUAAAGCAACAGGACUGUAAAGUAAAGCAACAGGACUGUAAAGGAAAGCAACAGGACUGUAAAGGAAAGCAACAGGACUGUAAAGGAAAGCAACAGGACUGUAAAGUAAAGCAACAGGACUGUAAAGGAAAGCAACAGGACUGUAAAGGAAAGCAACAGGACUGUAAAGGAAAGCAACAGGACUGUAAAGUAAAGCAACAGGACUGUUAAAGUGAAGCAACAGGACUGUAAAGCAACAGGACUGUAAAGUAAAGCAACAGGACUGUAAAGGAAAUCAACAGGACUGUAAAGUAAAGCAACAGGACUGUAAAGUGAAGAAACAGGACUGUAUAGUAAAGCAACAGGACUGUAAAGUAAAGCAACAGGACUGUAAAGGAAAGCAACAUGACUGUAAAGUAAAGCAACAGGACUGUAAAGUAAAGCAACAGGACUGUAAAGUAAAGCAACAGGACUGUUAAAGUGAAGCAACAGGACUGUAAAGUAAAGCAACAGGACUGUAAAGUAAAGCAACAGGACUGUAAAGGAAAGCAACAGGACUGUAAAGGAAAGCAACAGGACUGUAAAGUAAAGCAACAGGACUGUAAAGUAAAGCAACAGGACUGUAAAGUAAAGCAACAGGACUGUAAAGGAAAGCAACAGGACUGUAAAGGAAAGCAACAGGACUGUAAAGGAAAGCAACAGGACUGUAAAGUAAAGUAACAGGGCUGUAAAACAACAUGACUGUAAGGGAAAGCAACAGGACUGUAAAGUAAAGUAACAGGACUGUAAAGUAAAGCAACAGGACUGUAAGGUAAAACAACAGGACUGUAAAGUAAAGCAACAGGACUGUAAAGUAAAGCAACAGAACUAUAACGCCACGACAGUGGAGCUGGGUGACGCCACGACAGUGGAGCUGGGUGACGCCACGACAGUGGAGCUGGGUGACGCCACGACAGUGGAGCUGGGUGACGUCACGACAGUGGAGCUGGGUGACGCCACGACAGUGGAGCUGGGUGACGCCACGACAGUGGAGCUGGGUGACGCCACGACAGUGGAGCUGGGUGACGCCAGGACAGUGGAGCUGGGUGACGCCACGACAGUGGAGCUGGGCGAGUCCUUGUCAGCAAAUUACCCUAGCACAUCCCCAGAUGGUUUGAUGGAGUAGGGUGAAGUUGCUCCUAGACGCUGAUCUUGGGUCAGUUUUGCAUUUCCCCCACUAAUGGUUAAGGUUAAGAUUGAGGGGGGGGGAAGCUGAUCCUAGAUCUGUACCCAGGGGAAACUUCACCCCGGAGCUGGAUGGAUGGUUAAGAGUGUUGGUGCCUUAAUGCAAGCAGAAAUUGAUUGUCAGCACAGGGUUUGAUGAGAGUGAUUUAGUGAUAAGAAGCAUGUGUGUGAGUGUGUGAGAGACAGAGAAGAGAGGCUGACAAUCAGAAAGGGAAAAAGUGGAUGGAAUUACAGGUAGUUUGCUUGUAUUCUCUUGUGUGGCUGGCAUGUGACGGAAUGUUGAUGCACCUGAACAGGGAGGUGGAAUGAACGGGGCAUAUUGACUAUUUGCAGGUAUGCUUAGUCAGCUUGUCUGUUAUGUUCUCCUGCGUCUCAUUGGCCACAGCUUUAAGAUACUACACAGUGAAGUGGUGAAUGUAUCCUCACACACUGACCAUGUCUCCUGUCAUCGUUGAAUACGAGUCGUUUUUUAUAGAAAUCAUUUCAUUUUGUUUCGUUUUUUUUUUUUUGCUUGCAAUGUAACCCUGUCCACAAGCUUGCUCUCCUGUGGAAUCUCCUGUGGAAUCUCCUGUAGAAUCUCCUGUAGAAUCUCCUGUAGAAUCUCCUGUAGAAUCUGUAGAAUCUCCGGUGGAAUCUCCUGUAGAAUCUCCUGUGGAAUCUCCUGUGGAAUCUCCUGGGGAAUCUUCUGUAGAAUUUCCUGCAGAAUCUCCUGUAGAAUCUCCUGUAGAAUCUCCUGUAGAAUCUCCUGUGGAAUCUCCUGUAGAAUCUCCUGUAGAAUCUCCUGUGGGAUCUCCUGUAGAAUCUCCUGUGGAUUCUCCUGUAGAAUCUCCUGUAGAAUCUCCUGUAGAAUCUCCUGUGGAAUCUCCUGUAGAAUCUCCUGUAGAAUCUCCUGUAGAAUCUCCUGUGGAAUCUCCUGUGGAAUCUCCUGUGGAAUCUCCUGUGGAAUCUCCUGUAGAAUCUCCUGUAGAAUCUCCUGUGGAAUCUCCUUUAGAAUCUCCUGUAGAAUCUCCUGUAGAAUCUGUAGAAUCUCUGGUGGAAUCUCCUGUAGAAUCUCCUGUAGAAUCUGUAGAAUCUCCGGUGGAAUCUCCUGUAGAAUCUCCUGUAGAAUCUGUAGAAUCUCCGGUGGAAUCUCCUGUAGAAUCUCCUGUAGAAUCUCCUGUAGAAUCUCCUGUAGAAUCUGUAGAAUCUCCGGUGGAAUCUCCUGUAGAAUCUGUAGAAUCUCCUGUAGAAUCUCCUGUAGAAUCUCCUGUGGAAUCUCCUGUGGAAUCUCCUGUGGAAUCUCCUGUGGAAUCAUCUAGAACUUUUCUUAGUGUUUUGAGAGACUUUCUUCAUGUAACUGGGUUAUUAUGUCUGAAACCAACUGCAAAUGAAUUCUCUUUUAAUGAGUAUUAUACUGAAAUGUUAUUUUAGUUUUUGUAACGAGGGGAGAAGAGUCAUUUAGGAGGAGGAGUGAGUUGUGGACGACUGCAAGGUGAUAACAGGGAAAUGUGUCUUUAUAUUCUCCUUGUAAAUGAGGGCUUGUCCAGUUUACAGUGGCCUUAUUUUCUUUAGGAGACAUUGCUCUACUGUUGUAGCACUGGUACAUGGUUGAAAGUUUGAACAAAACACAUUUUUAAAAAGUAACGCAAAAAAACUAUCUUUCUGUAUAUGUAGUUUUCUGAAUGUAUUUCUACAUCAUUACACUGUAUUGGGGUGUAGCUUGUUGUUGGUACUGUUUCAUUGCUGUGUUUUCUCCAGGUGGACUGACCUGUAUUGGUUCAGUCCCUGUUAUACUGUGUCUUCACCUUUUGGGUAUUUAUUUAAAACAAUAGGCUCUAUGGUUGACCUUUUAAAUGAGGCAUGAAUAAGACACAUGAUGUCAUGAAAUUUAUUAAUUUAUUCAAUGUUGAAUUGAGAUAAUAUCGGAUCCCCUGAAUUAACCGAUUUAUUAAUGAAGCUGAAUUAAACAAUUUAUUAAUGAAGCUGAAUUAAACAAUUUAUUAAUGAAGCUGAAUCAACCGAUUUAUUAAUGAAGCUAAAUUAUACAAUUUAUUAAUGAAACUGAAUUAAACAAUUUAUUAAUGAAGCUGAAUUAACCCAUUUAUUAAUGAAGCUGAAUUAUACAAUUUAUUAAUGAAGCUGAAUUAAACAAUUUAUUAAUGAAGCUGAAUCAACCGAUUUAUUAAUGAAGCUGAAUUAACGGAUUUUAUUAAUUAAUGAAGCAUGAAUUAACCCAUUUAUUAAUGAAGCUGAAUUAAACAAUUUAUUAAUGAAGCUGAAUUAACCGAUUUAUUAAUGAAGCUGAAUCAACCAAUUUAUUAAUGAAGCUGAAUUAACAGAUUUAUUUAUGAACCUUAGAACUGUAAUUUAAUACACGUUUGUACUUCAGAAAAACCUUAAAAUAUUUUACCGCAUGGUUACUUUUGAAGGAUCUCUUGUAUUUACAAUAUGUUGAUGAUAAUGAUGAUGAUAUAAUCAAUUUAGAUAUAUACUCAGCAAUGUGUCAUGGGAAAUCUUUAAAUUGCAAGAAAUAUGAACAAUUGUAUCUGAUGUAGCAUGAAUUUAGCCUUCCAUCCUACUGAUACAGAGUUAUUCUUCUGCCAAUAAUAAUGUAUGUUCUUGUGUCAGAGGACUUAGCUUUGUCAGUUAGGCUGUGACGACUAGGGCCAGCCUUAAGUCCCCUAGAUACAGUACCUCUGACUGGUUUCUACCACACCAAAUGGACAAACAUCACUACAGUUUGAACGGCAGGGGGAGUACCCAGGAGUGGGUAGUCCCCAGGAGUGGGUAGUCCCCAAGAGUGGGUAGUCCCCAAGAGUGGGGAGUCCCCAGGAGAGGGUAGUCCCCAGGAGUGGGUAGUCCCCAGGAGUGGGUAGUCCCCAGGAGUGGGUAGUCCCCAGGAGUGGGUAGUCCCCAGGAGUGGGGAGUCCCCAGGAGUGGGUAGUCCCCAGGAGUGGGUAGUACCCAGGAGUGGGUAGUACCCAGGAGUGGGGAGCACCCAGGAGUGGGGAGCACCCAGGAGUGGGGAGCACCCAGGAGUGGGGAGCACCCAGGAGUGGGGAGCCCCCAGGAGAGGGUAGUCCCCAGGAGAGGGUAGUCCCCAGGAGUGGGUAGUACCCAGGAGUGCUAGGCUCUCCUUUCACAAAUCAGGACAACCCCAUAAAUGCUGAAAAUGUUCACGUAGGCACCACCAUAGUGUUGAAGAAAUAAACACUGGACUAGUCCACUAUUUGGAGGGUACCGCUAGUCAGUGUGUAAUUCAAACUUUGAUAUCAUCUAGUUCAGCAGGAUCAUAUCAAAUUGACAAACAGUUUUCAGAGCUUAGCACCAUCGACUCACAAAGCACUAAAUGCACUGAGAACAUAAAAAAACAUUUUACGAUGAACCUCAAGUUUUCCAUGAGCAAAAAACAAAACAAACAAAAUAUUCAAGAAAGUCAUUUUUCAGGUCUUUACGUCUGCUUGUCAGCAUAGCAACCUUUAGCAAGGAUAAGAAUAUUGUUUAAUAUAGUUUUUUUGCUCCACAGAGCAAAUUUUACUACUGCUGCCGUAAAUGCUGUUCGUCAACAUUAAGUCACGUUUCUAAUCGUCAUUAGUCACAGCAAAAGUUCCUGAGCAGCCAUUUUGUCUGUCAACUUCUGACAGUCUGUCACAAAUCACAAAUGAGAAUCUCCCAAAGCCAUGUUGUAGACCACAGUAGCUUCCCCCUUUAAAGAUGACCUCCAUAUGGUCAUCCAUAGCCAGGGAACAACCCCUCCUCUCAAACAUGCAGCAAUGUAACACAGUAACAUUGCAGAAAUGUUGGGAAAAUGUCACAGUAACUUUAAUGUUUUUUGAUAAUCUAUUGGAUAUUUAGAUCAUCUAGAUUUAACAUGUAUUCACAUACACAAUGGCUUGAUUGAUCGAUGAGGCUUUUGGCCAAUAGUGUGGACGUAAAGGCUCAUCGAUGGAUCAGCUGAUUGGACAAGGGGAUAUUGGGGUCUAAGGCUGGUGUUGGUAAUAAACAGUUUUUUACUUACUGGUCUGGCCCAUCAUUCAAAUAGUGAGUUUGAACGAGCAAAGUGUUGUAGAUUUUGAAGGAGCUGUAAUUUUAUACUUGUGCUUUGUAAAUGUUUUCUAUGUGCAGUAUUUGAUAAUGUAAAACUGGUAUUUUUUGUGGAUUGUACGCUGCAGAAUUGAGUACUUAAAGUGCACGUAGUUUUGUAAGAAAAGAGUACCAAACUGAUGAAAAACAAGAAAAAAUAUAUACAUAAUGUUUCGGGUUCAGAAGCCUGUAUUUGCAUGCCCUUUGACAUCUGGACGCAAGGUUAAUAAAGUUUGAUUCGAAUCGCUA